UAAGGAGACCAGGCCAUGGGAAACACUUGUUCCAAAUGUGGAGGACGUGAGGAGGGGGAAUCUGAAGAGAGGAGGGGGACAGGGGAGAACGAAACAACGGAAAAUGAAGAGAACCAAAGUGCAGCAGCUCCUCUUCUGACCUCCAACCACGCUCAGUCUGGGAGCAACAUCUUGGCUCCUGGAUUCAGCCACACAAUCAUCCAUGGCUCAGUUAACCUCAACACAACAGCUCCUGCACAGGCUCAGAGGACGGAAGAUGCUUCCCCACACUGCAGCGCCUCCAUUGAAAGUGUCAAACUGAAACUUAAAGCCAGUUUAAAGGAGAAGUUUCAAUUCCUGAAGAGCGAUACGUUCCUGUACGUGACGUCCCCGGAUGAUCAGACGCCACUGAACAGCAUCUACACACAGCUUUACAUCACCGAGGGCGAGAGUGAAGGGGUCAACACAGAACACGAGAUCAGGAGGAUCGAGUACACGUCCGUUAGCAAAACAAGAUCAGACAAACCCAUCAAGUGCAACGACAUCUUCAAACCCCGACCCGGACGAACAAAAGAGGUCAUGAUUGUGCUGAUGAAAGGCAUCGCAGGCAUCGGGAAAACCAUCUCAGUACAGAAGUUCAUCCUAGACUGGGCAGAGGGGGAGGCCAAUCAGGAUAUAGAUUUCAUCUUCGUCCUUCCGUUCCGAGAGCUGAAUUUGAUUCAAGACCACCUCAGUGUCUGGGGUCUUCUGAAGGAAUUCCACUCGGAGCUUAAUGAAAUUGAAGUAGUGGAGGUGUUUGAGAACCACACAGUGCUUUUGAUCUUCGACGGUCUGGAUGAAAGCAGACUGUCUCUGGAUUUCACGAACAACGAGAGAGUGUCUGAUGUCACAAAGAAAUGUCCAGUUCACAUUCUGGUGACUAACAUCAUAAGGAAGAAUCUACUCCAGUCUGCUCUCCUCUGGAUAACCUCUCGACCCUCAGCAAUUGUAGAGGGCCUUCGUAAAACCAUCCAACUCGACCUGCUGGAUGUUGAAGUUCAAGGCUUCGACGACGAACAGAAGGAUCAGUACUUCAGGAAGCGAUUCAGUGACAAUGAAGUCCUGGCCGACGCCAUCAUCUCACACGUCAAGGCGACGAGGAGUCUCCACAUCAUGUGUUACAUACCCGUCAUGUGUCGGAUCACGUCCGUAGUUCUGUUACAAAGACUGAGAGAAAACGAGUCUUCAAACAUCCCGACGAGUCUGACCGAGAUGUACGUAGACUUCCUAAUCAGUCAAACAGAGCUUGCACAGGAAAAGUACCAAGGGCAAAACUACAUGGACAGACAGGAUGUCUUGGAAUUCAGUAAAGACUUUAUUCUGAAACUGGCUAAACUAGCGUUCCAACAGCUUGAAAGAAAACAUGUAAUUUUCUAUAAGGAAGACAUUAAAGGAUGUGGCUUUGAUGUUGAUGACGCUGCAGUGAAAUGUGGACUGUGCACAGAAAUCCUGAAGGUAGAGUGUGGGCGGUAUAAGAAGAAGGUGUACUGCUUUGUGCACCUGAGCUUUCAGGAGUUCCUCGCUGCUCUCUAUGUGUUCUACUGCUGUGUCACCAAGAACAUCAGUGCGCUGGAGUCCUUCCUGGAGAACGUGUCUGCAGAGCUGCCCCUGCAUCAGUUGCUGAAGAGAGUCGUGGAUAAAGCUCUACAGAGUAAGAAUGGACACCUGGACCUGUUCCUCCGCUUCCUUCUUGGCAUCUCACUGGAGUCCAACCAGACUCUCUUACAAGGCCUUCUGCCCCCAACAGAGAGCAGCUCAGAGACUGAUGAGGAGAUGAGGAAAUACCUCAGGAAGCCAGACGUAGAGAAUCUCUCAUCUAACAUGUACAUCAACCUCUUCCUCUGCUUGAUUGAGAUGAAAGACAGCUCAGUGCAUGAGGACAUUCACAAGUUCCUCUUCGCACAAGAUGAUGAUAGUUUGUCGCUGGACGGGUGCUCGGCACUGGCCAACGCUCUCCUGCUGUGUCAGGGCGGGGUGGAAGAGCUGGACCUGUGGCAGCAUGCCUGGCGCAAGAGAAUGAUCCCUGCUGUGAGGAAAAGCAGAAAGGCCAUACUGAAUGACAUGGAUCUCAGCCGAGAGGACUGUGUUUCACUGGCCUCCUCCCUCAAGUCACCGGACUCUCAUCUGAGAGAACUGGACCUCAGAGAAGAUAAACUGACUGGUGACGGUGACCUGAGUGAUGUCUUCGCUUCCCUGGGAGAUUGUCACUGUAAGCUGGAGAUAUUGAGACUGACUGACAUGAUUCUCAGACAUGAGGACUGUGCAUCACUGGCCUCCUCCCUCCAGUCACCAGACUGUCCUCUGAGAGAGCUGCACCUGGGAUAUAUUUUUCCCUCUGGUGGCGAUGAAGUACUGAUGGAUAUUGCUGCCAGCCUGAAAGCAUCUAAACUGUGUUUACUGAGGCUGAACAGCUGUCUCCUGACAGAAAACUAUUGUAGGGAGUUGGCUUCAGCUCUCAUCUCCAUCUCCCACUUGAGAGAGUUGGACCUGAGUCACAACAACCUGCAGGAUUCAGGAGUGAAGCUGCUCUCUGAUGGACUGAAGAGUCCACACUGUAGACUGAAGAUCCUGAGGCUGUCGUUCUGUGGAGUCACAGAGGAAGGCUGUGCUUCUCUGGCUUCAGCUCUCAUCUCAAACCGCUACCUGAGAGAGUUGGACCUGAGCUUCAAUCACAUAAGAGACAUAGGACCGAAGAAACUGAAAGAUUCAAACUCGAGACUGAAGAAACUCAAUGUGGACCACAAUGAGGAGAUCUGGGUAAAACCACAUCUUAUUAAGCAGUAUGACAAGUACCUCACAUUCGACCCAAACACAGCCUACAGAGGCCUCUCUCUGUCUGAGGACAACAGGAGGGUGGAGUUGGUGGAGGAGGACCAGCCGUAUCCCGAUAGCUCAGAGAGGUUUGAUGAGGAAGAGCAGGUGCUGUGUACAGAGGGUUUGAUUGGACGCCAUUACUGGGAGGUGGAGUGGAAAGGGGACUGGAUAUUGGUAGGAGUCACAUAUGGAAGCAUCCAGAGGAAAGGGAGCACUUCUGCCUGCAGCCUUGGAGAUAAUGACAAGUCCUGGUGUCUCCUGUGCUCUAAUGUUGGGCCAUACAUGUGGCACAAUCAUCAACGGACUUACCUCCCUGCUGCAUGGUUACCAGUACCCAGCAGAGUAGGAGUUUACCUGGACUGGCCGGCUGGACUCGUGUCCUUCUACAGGGUCUCCUCUGACACGAUGAGCCACCUGUACACGUUCAACACCACCUUCUCUGAGCCCCUCUACCCAGCGUUUUGGAUUGGGCUGCCAGGGUUGUCUGUGUCCCUGUGCCAAGUAGGGCAGCCGUAAACCUUAUUAAUAUGACCCUUUACCAGCCUGGUCACUCUCUCUCUCUCUGUCUCUCUCUGUCUCUCUCUGUCUCUCUCUCUCUCUCUCUCUCUCUCUCUCUCUCUCUGUCUCUCUCUCUCUCACACUCUCUCUCUCUCUCUCUCUCUCUCUCUCUAUUUCUCUCUGUUUCUCUCUGUCUGUCUGUCUCUCUCUCUCUCUCUCUCUCUCUCUCUCUCUCUCUCUCUCUCUCUCUCUCUCUCUCUCUCUCUCUCUCUCUGUCUCUCUGUCUCUCUCUCUCUCUCUCUCUCUGUCUCUCUCUCUCACACACACUCUCUCUCUCUCUCUCUCUCUCUGUUUCUCUCUCUCUCUCUGUCUCUCUGUCUCUCUCUCACACACACACACUCACUGUGAGCUGAUGACCUUUGAUCUCCUAAACCCUGUCCAAGAGCUCCCCCUGGUGGUCAUUUUGAGAUGUCAAAAGAUUGUUUUUACAUAUUUCCCAUAGUUUUUAUGCACAUGACAAUAAAAUACUGUUUUUUUCAAAUGAUUACACACAAAUUCCUUACUUUUCACACAAUUUCUGAAACCUGACACUCAAAAACCAGAACCACACCUCAAAUCUGCAAAACCAUACGCACAUUUUGGGCCUUAGACUCAGUUUUCAAUUUCAUAAAACACUUUUUGCAAAACACAACACACAAUUCUCCACGUAACACACUAAAUUCUAAUGGGAAGCAUCUUGAUUUCCUUUUUAAAACACAACCAAUAAAAAUGCCACACUAAUUCAUCAGUGCCUCACACUAACUCCUCACAUGUGCAAACACUCAUGGCUUUACUCAACACCAACCAAUCAUGGCUUUAGAAUAGGCCUAUAAAUAGCCUAAUUUGAGUUGAUUUACAGUGGUGGGUAUCAUUUGAACCUUUACUGUAGAAAAUAUAACAGGUAUGUAACAAUAUACUGUAAUACACAUGUUCUAAUGUACACAUAAUAGCUGUUUCAGUACAACACACGUUAUACUACACACAAACAUAUAUUUUAUCACCCAUGCAUCCGUUGACUGCAGUGCACUGCAUGAUUGGUCACAGUCUGGUGGAUUACUGUAUCAUACCAUGCAACAGUACAGUGACUGUAAGAAGACAUUCUGACAAUAUUGUACAAAAUAUUGAACUGUGUGCUACAGUUCAUGGCACACACAGACACACCAUUCCGUAAUCACCUUUUUCAAAAUUAGGUUUGGUUUCUGUCCUACUACACUCUUUCUUUUGUACUGUGUAAUACUGUAUUCACAACCACAAAUGCUUAUGGUAAAAAAGUUUGUUUUCAAUCUUGUUUUCGUGUUUACCAUGAAUUUUUCAUCAUCUCUGCCAUUUACAGUUUUUUCCAAUUGCUUAGGCACAACUUUGAAAACAGGGCUCACUUUGUCAAAACACAACACAUGAUUCACACAACUAGACACACAAGUAGCAGAACACCUCCAAUCUUUUGCAAAAUGAAACACUUUGUUCAAAACUAUACAAUCAUGUAUGGUCAUAUGGUGACCAUUUCUGUCACCAUAUGCCACACACAUGGUUAAUAAAAUUGGACUCUGUUUGAUCCAGUUACACACUGUAGUGCAAAAUUGAAAACACUUUUACACUAACUAUUAUUUUCUAAUGACAUAACCUGCUUGUCAGAGAUAUUGUUCCAGUAGAGUACAUACAAGUACAUGAAUAUGUUGACCAAACACAACACACAAGACUAGUACUGCACACUGCUGAAAAUAUUUACUGUAUUUCUCCACAUUGUCUACGUAAAGAUGUGUUUUUCGCAGAAAAUCAGAACAUAUUUCAAAUUGAAAACUGUAUAGUAGGCUACAUACUGUAAACACAGCAAAUACAUUUGUGGAGACAAAGUAUUCAGCAAAUGAAAUACAGUACAUUGUUUCAAUCAUGGACUGCUGUGAAUGUCUACAAAGUACUGAUGUAGUGCAUCUAGUAGGCUACAUGUUACUGUACUGUAGACAGUAGAGAAUAGUAGUUUUCAUCUGUGCUCAUGUCAAAAUGUCCAAAUUACUGUUGCAACAGUAUAUCUGCUGAGGUUGGGCUAAACUCUCUGUCCAGCCUCUCUCAAUGUUGCCCCAUGGUUCACAAUAUGGUCAACCAAUGUUCAAUGUUGUUCGAAUUUCAUUAGAUACUGUAAAUUUGGCCCUAUUCUUCCACAGCCUCAGGUCUACCUCUCCCUACCACUCUUCCUCCACGGGCUCCCCCUCUCAUCCUCACUCUCCCUCUUCCUGCAACAUUGCCUUCCAUUUUUGAUGAGAACAGGUGAGGACAGAUACACUGACCUGUUGCCCUGCUUACACCUGAUUGGUAUGUUGACAGUUUAGCACUUUAGUGCUUGUACACCUGACGCCCGUGUUUGAUCCAUUCGUUCACAUGUGUGGCAUUUUACAAGGCAGUGUCUAAAAAACGCAAUGAAGUGACAUAAUCUUAAAUUUAUGUGUCUAAUGUAGAAAAGUGUGUUUAGUGAUUUGCAAAACACUGUGUGUAGUAUUUUGCUAAUAGUGUGAGGAUGAGAAUGUGCUUAUAGUUGUGCAGGUCUGGGCUUCUGUUUUGCUCCUUGAGUGUCAGGUUUCACUAACUGUGUGUUAUUUAAAAUUAUUGUGUGUAAGCAAUCGGAAAUAACUGUACUUUCAAUCUUGUACAUAAAUGUACAAAGGAGCUCAUGAAAGAAGAGCUUUAGGUUUUGAAUAACUGUGUGUAUAUGAUAUAUCCAAAAAUGUAAUAUAAUGGCAAAAGUGUUUGCAACAUGAGACAAAUGUGUGCUUUUGAAACGUGUUUGUGAUACUUUGAAUGCAGUGCUUCAUUUUGCAAGAGAAGCGAGGCAUUUUGCAUUUUGUGUGUGCAGUUGAUGGAUUUGUGUUUUGAAUUUCAAGUUUUGAAAAAAAGAGGACAAGUAAAAAAAAUGUGUGUAAGCAUUUGAAAAAAACUGUAUUAGCAAUAAUAAUAACAGAUUUGAUUGAGUUAAGCAUAAGUUGAUAUUUUUUUACAGCGUUCUACCAAAGCAAUGUACUGUAAUAAUCUACAGUUGUACAUUCAAGGUAUCUAUAGCGAUGAAUCAAUGAAAAUAUUAAAAUGAUACAAUUAUAUGAAUAACUGUUUUUACUGAUUGCAAAGGCAUUUUCUUGAAACUAUGGGCUAUUUUUGCUAAACUCUACACACUGACUACAAAUCCUUACACCAAACCAUUAAAACGUUACACAGAAAAAAUAGAAAAAAAAUAAUGCAUUACUAUUAGAACAAUUUGUUUUGAAUCUUGGUGUAGCUACGGGAUGAAAAUGUCUCAACAUGAAUUUACGUGGCAGUAAACGAUGGUUCAGGAACUGAGUAAGGAGUUGUUUAAUUUUAUCUCAUUGUUUGACAUUUGAUUGUUUGUUCGUUCUUUCAUCGUUUUUUUAUGACUGUAUUUGUUUAUAUUGGUCGCACCUGUAUGCUAUUACGUAUUGUUUUUCCAUUUGUUCGUUUUUCAUUGAACUGUUAUGCUCUUUUGUUUUGCUAUGGCAGGGCUCCCAUUUCUGAGAGACUGACUCAGUGUUUCACCUGUGUGAGAGUGACACCCUGCUGGGAUAAAGGUGAAAGAAACUGCUCGAAUAAACACAGACACAG